UUGCGUCAAACAAAACAAGUGCUAUCGUGAUUUCGUUCGCGCAUCUCGACAUGGACAAGGCAACCUUCAGCGAGGCCCUCAUAACUGAAGUUGAGAAGCGUGGCGUCCUGUGGGACGUACGCGACAGGAACUACAAGAAUAAUAUGAAACGUGACCAGGCUUGGCGAGCAAUAGCAGAUGCCCUCAGCGUAGACGUGACGCAAGUAAUGAAGCGGUGGAAAUCCCUACGCGACACUUUCAUGAAAAUACGCAAAGAAGUGACAACAACGAUAAGUGGCGCCGGCGCGGACAGUGUUGUCAGUGUGCGGUGGCCCCAUUACAACCAACUGCUGUUUCUCCUUGACACAAUGGAAUAUCCUGAGACAAGCGGGAACCUCAUGGAUAUUCAAGACAUCGACUCAUUCGACGAAACAAGCACCGCAUAUCUUCAGACUGAAAGAACUAGCAUCAUAGACAUUGAAGCCAAUCUGGUUGCUAGCAACUUUCCUACCACCCCUAGGCAGGAAGAUGGGAGUGGAUGCUCCAGCCCCACAUCAGCGCCAUCACCAGCCAGCAGCGCAUCACCUGGUCCACAGAAAAGGAAACGGGGCCAUGAUAAGGUCUUUGAAAAAGAAAUAGGAAUCCUGGGAGAAUUGGCUUCCAAACGAGCCGACGCUUCUGAACUAUUCGGGCUUUUUAUAGGGGACAAGCACAGACGAGUCCCCCAACAUCUGCGAGGACAAUUUGAGUUGGAACUACUGCAAGUUGCCGCUCGUUAUGUGGACAAUCAGUAAAGCUGUCAGUGAAGAACGGGAAGUUGUCAGUCUCUUUUGAAAAAGGAAGUUCGGCAAACAGUGAAAAAUAAAUUAG